AUGACUAUCACACACAGCAAGACUAUCCUCGUCACCGGGGCUUCAGGUUUCCUCGCAACUCAUAUUGUGAAGGCCUUUCUUCAACAAGGUUACUAUGUCCGCGGGACCGUUCGAUCCGACCAGGCCGCAGCAAACGUACGCAAGGGCUUUUCGCAGUACAGUGAUCGGCUGUCAUUUGCUGUUGUUGAGGAUAUAUCACAACCCGGGGCAUUCAAUGAAGCCGUGGAAGGGGUCGAUGGUAUAAUUCAUACCGCUUCUCCAUUCCAGACUUCAGUCCGGGACAAUAAACGAGACCUCCUGUGGCCCGCUAUUAACGGCACUACAUCUAUUCUUCAGGCAGCCCAGGAGUAUGCACCGCGAGUUAGCCGUGUCGUGAUAACAUCUUCAAUGGCUGCCGUGAUAGACGUCGGAAAAGGCCCGCAACCUGGCUAUCCAUAUACCGAGGAAGAUUGGAAUCCUAUGACAUUCGAACAGGCUGAAAACGCCCAUGGCAUAGUCGCAUACGCUGCUUCCAAGGCACUUGCGGAGAAAGCCGCUUGGCGAUAUAUGGAAACGAAUACGCCUGACUUUAGUCUUACCACAAUUUGCCCACCCAUGAUCUAUGGCCCCGUGGAGCAUCACGUUUCUACCAUGGAGAGAUUGAAUACAAGUGCGGGUGAUAUCUACAGGUUGUUCAAUGGUAGUAGCAUUGAGAUACCGUCGGCAAUUUUGCCGGUCUUUGCGGACGUUCGUGACGUUGCUCAAGCCCACCUCUCUGCAUUUGAAUCGGAGAAAGGGGCAGGAGAGCGCUUUAUUGUUAGUUCGGGAGGCUACACCUAUCAAGAAGUCUGCGAUAUCCUUCGGUCAGUCGUCCCCGAGGUCAGGGAUAAAGUCCCUAUUGGUCAGCCCGGGAAACACGAAUCGGCGGUCAUAAAGGUCUCUAAUAACAAGGUCAAGACCCUUCUGGGAAUUACUGUCCACACGCUACAGGAGACUGUAAAGGACACUGCAUAUAGCUUGCUGGCUCUGGAAAAAGCAUUUAAGGCAUAA